AUGUCAGCAGUUCCGGCCGUGGGAGCAUCCCACACCGAUGAGACGGUCCGAAGUGGAUAUGCCAAACUCUUCGAAGUCCAUGCGGUCUUUCUGACUGGAAGUACCGGGUGCCUCGGAGGCUGUCUCUUGUACAAAUUGGCUCUGCAGCUACCAACACGCAAGAUCUUCGUCUUAGUGCGUGGGAGCGCCCAGCAGGCAACUGAAAGAUGGAAGAAAACUAUGCCAGACCAUGCCCAGGCUAUCUUGGCCUCAAAGAAGGUGGAAUUUGUGAUCGGGGACAUCAAAAAAGUCGACUUUGGGAUUGAGCCGGCGGUUAUGAAACGACUACAGGCACAAGUUACUAUAGCGAUUCACACGGCGGCCAAGAUUGCUCUCGAAGCUAGCCUACACGAUGCGGUCGACAACAACUGCCUGCCGGCGUUGGAAAUGGCCCGAAUUGCUUCGCGGUUUCGGCGACUGAAGCUUCUCAUACAGAUCUCAACGGCCUAUGCCAAUAGCUUCCUCCCAGAUGGUCCAGUCCUGGAACGGCCCUACCCUGUGAGCGACAGGGACCCGGAGGAAGAACUCGCCUCUAUCUUGUCGCUGGAACGCCCCUCGCACACAACACAGUUCUCGUCCAGCUAUGCCCAUGCCAAACAUUUGGUGGAACGGCUACUGCCAGCGCGGUUCCCGCUGCUCCCGAUCCUCCUCGUGCGACCAACUAUCUUUGGCCCUGCCCUCCGCCAGCCGUAUCCGCUAUAUGGGCCCGAGGACUCGACACCCUUGCACAAGUUCGCGCGGUUCUUGAUCGCAGACCGGGGCUCGACGCAGGUCUGGCACGCCGCUGCAGGCUACCGGACCGGCACAAACAUCCUAGACGAGAUCCCGGUGGACUUCGUGGCGAAUGCAUGCCUGUUGCAUGCGGUCGCGCGCACCACGGGAAUCGUCCAGGUAGGCUCUGAGCUGUACGAGCCGAUAACCUUCGACGACUUUCUACACAUUGUCCAGUCGAACGCCCCACCGGCAAUCCGACGCGAGCUCUCGCCGGUUAUCUUCACCGAAGAUCGCAAUUCCCCGCAGUGCUUCCUAGCGGAGCUGGUGCAGGUGGCAUCGCGCAACUGGCUGUUCGAUUGUGGCCGAUCCUACUGGCUGAAACAGAUGGGUGGACCGUUGAGCUUGCGGGCGUGCAAGCAUGAGGCGGAUAACUUCAACCAGGCUCGGAUUCGUGAGAUCUACAAGACUAGCAUGGAAAAGGCUCGGCUGUAG